UUGCUUCCUACCCUAGCCUUAAAAGUAGUUAGCGAGCUAGCGAGUGGCAUCGCACGUCCGCUGGAAACCUCACUUCGAGAAAGCGGAAAAGUUUGCAGCCGAGCAGAAAUAGUGGCGAGCGUCGGUCGGAGACCGUCCCGUGCUCGGAACCGCGAGUCCCGAGCCGACCGAAGCAGGCGCCCUCGAGUAGCCCGUGCGGCGGCGGCGGCGGCGGCGGCGGCUGAAGUGCAGCUGGAUGUGACGGGCUCGUUCAUCAGACCACCGACAGGAAGUGCCUUGUGAGACGACGAAGAGCGUUUCCGACGAGACGCGGCGCAGACGCGAGCGAGCGCCACCCGACCCUGGGUUCGCCCUGAGUGAAGAGGGGGGGGGGAGCCGCUGCACCCGGUGGCCCGAGGCGCCAGAGCUCGGAGAGGGAGAAGACUUUUACGCAACGAGAAAGCCACGCAUGUUGUCGUGUCGUCCUAAACCGUGCCAUCGUACCUCGAAAUAGCACCACCUCUGCUCCCCAACAUCCCCCCCUUUGCGAAGCUGUUAUCCCACAUUCGGAGGACGUUUGGGGGACGUUGCUAAAUCAAGUAGGGCUGGUCUACAAGUAUGCCCCCUCUGCCUUGUCAGGGGUCCGCACCUGAGACUUACUGAUUGAUGAACAGUUAGACAUUUGACUGACAAACUCUGCAGCAGUGCAAUAGCGCAGUCCCAUGCUCAGGUCACAGAGACGUUGCCAGUCCAUUACCUCCAACCCCUAUCUGCAAGGACAAACAUCAUCCCCUGACCCGAAGCAGAUCAUUUUUAGCUACAUGUUCCACCGCUUUUAGUUGUUUUAUUUUUUUUAUUUUAUUUUAUUUUUUAUUUUUUUUGUUUUUACUGGAACACUCUGAUACUGAUCCCACCGAGGACCGAGGAUCGCCUCCCCCUCCCCGUUAAAAGCAAGCGGCCCCGCUCCACCCUAGCUUCCGCGGCCAGCGCUGUUGACAUGGCUCUGAACAUCGCCUCGAUACGGGACACAAAAUGGCUGACGCUGGAAGUGUGCCGGCAGUUUCAGAGGGGGACCUGUUCGCGCAGCGACGAAGAAUGCAAAUUUGCCCACCCGCCCAAAAGCUGCCAGGUGGAAAACGGGAGGGUGAUCGCCUGUUUUGACUCAUUAAAGGGCCGCUGCACGCGAGAGAACUGCAAAUACCUCCACCCGCCCGCUCACCUGAAGACCCAGCUGGAGAUCAACGGGAGGAACAACCUGAUCCAGCAGAAGACGGCGGCCGCCAUGUUGGCUCAGCAGAUGCAGUUCAUGAUUCCCGGCACCACCAUGCAGCCUGUGCAGACGUUUCCAGUCAGCCAGGGCUUGGGUUCCAGCGCGGGCCUGAGCUACACGCCGUACCUGACGCCCAUGUCCCACAGCAUGGGCCUGGUGCCCACGGACAUCCUGCCCAGCACCCCGGUCAUCGUCCCCGGCAGCCCGCCCGUCUCCGUGACCGCCGGCUCCUCCUCCAAUCAGAAGCUGCUGCGUACCGACAAGCUGGAGGUGUGCCGCGAGUUCCAGCGGGGCAACUGCGCCCGCGGCGAGACGGACUGCCGCUUCGCGCACCCGAGCGACAGCCCCAUGAUCGACACCAGCGACAACACGGUCACCGUGUGCAUGGACUACAUCAAGAGCCGCUGCUCGCGCGAGAAGUGCAAGUACUUCCACCCGCCGGCCCACCUGCAGGCCAAGAUCAAGGCCGCGCAGCACCAGGCCAACCAGACGGCCGUGGCCGCGCAAGCCGCCGCCACGGCCGCAGCCAUGACUCAGUCGACUGCCAAAGCAAUGAAGCGACCCCUCGAGGCAACUGUAGACCUGGCGUUCCCCCACGGCGUCCUCCAGCCCCUACCAAAGAGACAAGCACUCGAGAAGAGCAACGGAGCCAGCUCCCUGUUCAACCCCAGUGUUUUGCACUACCAGCAGGCGCUCGCUAACGCACAGCUCCAGCAGCCCGCUUUCUUUCCCACAGGGUCAGUCUUGUGCAUGACUCCUGCUAGCAGUCUUGUCCCAAUGAUGUACAGUGCUACGCCUGCUACUGUCUCUGCAGCAACAACUCCUGCCACAAGUGUCCCCUACGCAGCAACAGCACCAGCCAAUCAGAUCAUCCUGAAGUAAGGAAGGGAACGGAGUGUCACGAAGCUGCACUAGCAAACCCAAAACAGCCCCUCUGUAAAUACUACCUUACCUCUCCCAUAGAGGUCCAGCAACCUGCAUGCUAAGAGUGUAACACUUCAAUUUAACCGUAAGAACUGCAGUGCCGGUGUAACACACACACACACAGAAAAUAAUAAUAAUAAUAAUAAUAAUAAUAAAAAAGAUAUAUACUGUAUGUAUUGCUAGGAGAAAAAAACUAUUAACAUGAAAAAGUCAAAAAUAUUCUUAUGUGUAGUACAUACAUAGCAGACAGACGUACUAUAGAGGUCAUUUUACCAGAUACAGUGGAUCCCCCCUCUUUCUUUUGCGUAUUUAUUCUAAACAAAAAAAAAAAAAAAAAAAUCCUCUGCACAAUGUUCAUCCCUUCGGUUGAAAGAGGUGUUUGAUUUGCACUGUACGAGAGGUGCACAGGAAGCCCACGCACAGCCACACCUACGCACUUUUCGUUAUUUCGGGAGGGUUUCUUCGAAUGUCCUCGACCUCUCACCUGCCCCGAAGAUGCCAUGUUGAAGCUCAUCCUCCCUCCUCCCUCCUCCCUCCUCCUCCGCCAACUUUUCAUCUCCGGAAACAUCUUGCCAAAGUUGGAAGAGGUCAACGGGGGUCAACCUGCCAGUGAGCAGAGCCACAUUUUAAUUUUAUUUUUUUUGUUUUUUUUUUUGUUUUUUGCCAUUGCCCACACUGCAAACACACACCCUUUAUUUAUUGUGGUGCUGGGUUCUUUGUCCGGGAGUGUGAUAAGAUUGCGCACGGGUUUUUCGCAUGCAGUCGGGACAGGAGGAGAUAGUCGUGGCCAUUACUGAAAAAAGCCUAAAGGCUCGAGACGGUGCCAAGGGCUCAACGAAGCUUGAGGGUUUUUGUUCCAAGCCUUCUGUGUGUGCGCGCGCGUGUGUUUCGUAGACUGAUGGUCUGCCGGCAGACUGGGACUUGAAGCGAGGUCUAGCAGGUGAUGGCAACACCAGAGUUUUUAAACGGAGGGAGCGGGAGAGAUUUAAGUGCUAAGACUUUAAGAAAAAAAAAAUAAAAAAUUAAAAAAAAGGUGCAUUUGACGACGCUCGUCAAGCAAAAAGAUGACUUGAACUUCGACUGGAGGGCUAUCUGUGACCGUCGGUUGUCCUGUCCAACCCUACUAUCACCGAUAAUCCUGUUCCAUUUUAGAAAACUGUAGAAGUGCCUAAAAGAAAAAGAAAAAAAAUUUUUGCUCAUCAACUACACACACACAUCCUGAGUGUAUCACUAAAAAGUUACACGACAAACACACUGGCUGUCGGAAGCGGACUUUUUACAGGAGAGGAGACGAGCGGUUUUUCCGCUCGCUCGUUAACAUCACAAGUGACUUUAACCGAGAAGAAAUUCAAGAAACGACAAAUCAAAAAAAAAAAAAUUUAAAAAUCAAAAAUAUUCAAAUAAAAAAUAGCUUUGUAGAAUGUUUGGUGACUUUCACGGUGUACCAUCGUUUCUUACCACAGUUUGAGUAGUUUACAUGAGGAACGUGAGUGAGAAAAAAAAACAAUGUAUUGUAAACUGUGUAAUGUAUGUAAAGUGUCUCUUAUUUUGAGAGUUUAUAUUCAUGGUUCUAGAAAUGUAUUCAGAGUUAUUUAAAAAAAAAAAAAUUUGUGUUGUGUCUCCUAUCGAGGUAUGUUUGAACUCCCCCCAAAACCCCUCCACCAACCUCCUCGAACAAUCAUUUAUUUUUAAGCCAACUUAUUUUACUUUUAUUUCUUAAUUUUAAUAGCAACGUGUGUGUGUGUGUUUUAACUCACCAUACUAAAGAAAAUUUUUGAAAAAAUCCUGAUGUAAUUUCAUGGUGCUUGAUUAACAUCGACAAUCCACAAUCAUCAUUGGUUUCGCUCACGUCGUUCCUUGCAUUAUGAUUUGUUUGUAAUAUUUGUGGAAGGUGGUAAAAGUUCUAUUUUGUUGUAAUUUAUCUUAUUUUACUCCUGGUCAAAUUUUAGUCAAAAAACUAAAACAAAAAAAACAAACAAAAAAAAUUUAAAAAAAGAAACAAUGUUGUAAACUAUUCUAUUUUGAAAUGAAUGUAAUUUAUUGAACUGUGCUACGUUCUGCACAGUUGGUCAUUUCAAGGUCUAACCUGUCAGGUCAGCGGAUGAGGGGAGGGCGGGGCAAAGGGGGCGGGGUUUAAAAGUCCACCCACCAAUAGAAAGCUACAGGAUCUUUCUUGCCUUCUCAUCGAUACAACAAAAACAACAAAAAAAAAGAGAUCAUCGCAGUAAUGAGCAUAGUUAUAGAGUUGCUUGUGUUGUUGGGGGAAAUAAAAAAAAUGUUUAUUGUAUAGAUGACAUUUUACCAAAAAAAGCAAAGAAAAAUUCAAAAAAGAUGUACUUUUCACUCUAGUAUAAUAGUAUUUCAUAACAAUAUUAAGUUGUUGCUGUGGCAACCAAAUGUUGCAAAUUACUAAAGGUCGGUAUUUUUGUAAAUUACAUGGUUAAGUUGAUUUUUUUUUGUUUUUUUGUUUUGUUUUUUUUUGCUAGAACACUGUACACAAGGUAGAUUGUAAAGAACAUUUCUUAUUCUUCACUGAGAUUAUGACCUAAUAUUUUCAUUAGCAAAACAACAGCCUCUAUAGCGCUGUGAUUGUAACACUUAUAGAUUUAAAGUCAUCAAUGUUACAUAGAUUACAUAUAAAUAUAUAUAAAUAUUUAUAUAUAUGAAAUGAAUAAUCUAUAAAUUAAUAGGAUGUGCGACUCUUCCCCUGACAAAGGACCUUUAGGUUCCACACGGACAUUUUAUUCGAUAUGUAUCACUAGACUUUAGGACUGCACUUUCAUAUUGUUUCAAAGAUGUGUUUUAUCCUUUAAGGGUUUAUUAGUCCAGUAAAUCUGUUCAUCACUCAAAAAGCAGAUACUACCGGUAAAUACUUCAACAAGUUGCAUGGGAAAAAAAACAACAAUAUUUUCCUUUUCUUAUUAAAUGAUACUGAAUGUUUCUAGUGAGAGAAAAAAAAAAUGUCUGUACACAAGAUGUCCUCAUUCGGUGACCCCACAUCGCCCUCGUGUAUGGAAUCCUCUUGAGGUGUAAUGCUUUCUUUUCUUCUUCUUCUUUUUGUUUUACAUGUGCUCGCAGUGAUUGACUGAUGGUUAAAAAGACAAGCACUUUCUGAGCAGUUGGUCAACUGAGCAGACUCAGCUUAUCCAAACACUUUGCCUUAUCUUGAGUCCAUCGUGCUUAAGGUUUUAUGUUUUUAAGAGCUCUUAUGAAAUUUUAUCUGAGAGACUUUAUCUGGUCUCAGAUCCCUUCAGAGUUUCAUUUCAAAUAUGUAUCUUUAUAUCUGAAAACAUUUUUUUUUUUUUUUUUUUUAAAUGUGUGCAUCACAAGGCCAAAAGAAGUAACUGCAACAGUCACUCAUGUUUACUUCUGGUCUCCCCAAAUCUGUAGUGAGAUAUUUUUUUUGUCCCGUUGACUUAAAAACUGUUUGGAGGGUGUAGUUCACUGCUGUAGCCAGCAGAAGGCGCUGCACUGGAGGCCACAGGUUUAUGAAGUGUGACUGCCUGUGACAGCAUUGUUGCAGUGGACCUUACCAACAAAGUAAAGGCAUGAUUUGACAGGCAGACCCUCACCGGAUUUAUAGUUUCAGUGUAAUCAUUUUUAAAUGUAUUCUUUUUGCAUAUAUUUUGUGCUAUUUUAUGUUUCUAUAGUCAAAUGUUUCUUUGGUUCCAGCAAGGUAGUGUAAAAUCUAUUGAAAGAAAGAAAUAAAGAAAAUCAAAGGA